CAACGACUAACGUCAACGAAGUCGUUAAGCCGCGUACUGUGCUAGAGCCAGUACGGCAAGUGGGAGAGAACGACAACUAUUCAAACCUACUAAGUGCUAUCACAUACUUUCAUGCGGCUAAAAAGCACAAACUUCGGCCAAAGGAUUCCGAACAAAUCGGCUACCGUUAGUAACAACGAAGGAUUCGUGUUCUCAGGCAGCGUUGAUGAAAUCAUCCUCGGUUGUUCCCCCACACAUCCGUCGCUUAGGUGGUAGAUGCUUGUCACGAAUGCUUUCCUUCCACUCUGCGUUAUGGCUGGCUGGCGCGUUGACACCUUUUGCAGCCAGGGAUAUGCUGGAUACGUCAGCAGUGGAGUUGAUCCAACAUGGAGAUUACCACUUUGAACACGUUUGAACAUCCUCCGACGUUGUUUCUUGCUUCUAACUGUCACGUCAAGGACGAUCAACUCUUGCUGCGACCACCGAGACGUUGAUAGCCGAACCAAGCGACAUAUAUCGUAUCAACCUGAACUAUUGGAUUGGCUGGUUACUCCUCAAGUGACUAUUGCCGCAUGAGAGAGAUGGCGUCAAGACAACGGCGCCGGCACGGUUAGUGCGAUGAGGAGGCACCGUUGUCGCUGGUCUAGACUAUUCAGCUGUUGGGAACAGAUUUCACUGGCCCCUGACGAUCGAGCUGUAAAAGCCGCUACGGAACAUGUCGCGUUCAAACCGGGUGCCAAGCGGCGAUUUACUAUCUGUCCUCUGUAUGAAAGUUUGACCUGUAUAUCAAUGAUAUCGAUAUCGCCCGAUUGUCAAAAACUUCAAGCACAUGAAGGUUGCAGAUGUUGGUUUUUAGAGCCAACGCAGACGGGCUAUCAGUGUGUCCACUCACACCUUGAAAUCAUGCCUUACUCGGCUGCGUUAUAACUUGCCCCGGAGCCAGGUGAGCCCUUUAUUUCAAAUCGAACAGCUGGGGCCAAAGCAAGGUCCAGGCAGGAUCAAAUCAAAUUUAAUUGACUGGCCGUCGCGUGCUCGUGGAAUUUCGAUUUCGCAUGGGCCAACCUGAACGUUAUGAGACUACAGGGCACCAACGAUAAACUAACAUGCUCUGGGCCGCUGGUCGUCUCGGCUCCCCGCUUCUAGUCGUUUGUUGCUGGGAACCAAGUGGAGAUGAGGGGCUGAAGGCUGAAAUGCCCCCUGCUGUGUCAUUCAACAAAAAGACGAGACGAGAGACAACGCCUCUGAUGAGGUUGGUCACUGAUGAUUAGUUACAUUGGGAGGGGAAGUGUGAAGCUCUGAACUUGGAACAUGACGGUACGACCGAGAGACAAGAUAUAAUUCUUAUGAUUGGGUAAGAUCUUGAAGAUAAGGCAAAAGAGGGGUGCAUAGGUAUCAUUAUCAAAGUGAAGAUACUGUGACGGAACCACGGUACAUGUGUGCGUUGCAGCAGGUGCACUACUACGCCGAAUCCUUCUCAAGAGACCAGGCCAACGAUGAUUGAUAUCGCUCGACGAGAUAGCGUAUCUUGUCACGCAACCAUGACCGACAUCAACACCACCACUACCACAUGUGCAAACACGCCUAGAAUCAGCUACUAGUGAUUCCACCAUCCCGCAUCCACGCUAGAGAGAACAAAGCAGACCAUUUAUAUGUCUAAACUCACGAGAUACAGACACACACGAGAGAAAUAGAGGCACAAAGGCGCCAACCAACGAGUUCAGGGAUGAGCCAAGGGCCCAGGGAUCCGGCCUCGACGCCGUGACAGCGCCGCACUAUGCAAGGAUCUUAAUGCAGAGUGUGUCGCAUUCGAAAAAGAAAAAGACGCUACGGCCACCAGAGCGUCGGGUCGUUCCCAAGCCUAUUUUUCGACUUGCAGGAGCUGACGACCCUACCCUUCUCGAAACUUUGAAAUCUCUUCCUCUUCCCCCGGACUCGUCUCGAUCUAUUUCUCUCCCGUCUCCCUCUUCCUCCCUCGACCUAUUGUUAAACAUAAUCACAUCUCGACUUUAUAAUACAUUAUACCCUUAUUGUCUUCCCCAGUCCACUUUGUUUCUGAAGGCUGGCUUCCUUCUUACAUCUUUGACUGCUCUUAUCUUAUUCUUCCUUUCUACCUCCAGUACUUAUCUAAAGGUAGUCUAAUACGCCAUAUCUCACCAUGGCCACCUACACCACUAUGGAAGGUCCUCAGCAUAUUGCUAUUCGAGAGCUCGAUCUGAGGGCCUGCCACCCAAGCACAGUUGUCGAUAGAGUUGGUGCUGUUCCGGUUUUGAAGACCAGUGCUGCUUUCUUUACAUUCCUCCGCGCCAACCUUGUCCUCCACUCGGCAAUGACUUCAGCCACCAGUACCCCGCAAUUCGGUCCAUCUGUUCCCUUUUCCUCUUUUGUCCCGCCAUCUCCCUCUCCGCUUGCAGCCUCUACGCCAUACUUUGGUCUCGACAAUGACGAUGACAUCGAGCCGUUGUCCCUUGAGGUCCUUGACAAGCCUCAAGACAAGGUUGAGGGCAUGCGCCUCGUCGCCGACUCGAUUGCCCAGAUGCGCCAAAGGGCCUCUUUGAACCUCGUUUUCCACCCGCUUUGUCUUGCUGGUCUAUCGGCAACCUUGGCUGCCAUUUAUCAUUUCGGCGGCGUUACUCGUGACUCAGGACUCGGUAUGACGGUUUCUUGUGGCGUGAUCAUGAGCUACCUUAUGGGUAUUCGUUACUUGGCCAACGGUUAUAUUUCCUUGGCUGAGCGCUUGCGAUGGAACUGGCUACGUGCUGAUGACGGAGAGGAGGAUACCCUGCUGGCAGCUCGACUGAACCAAGACAUCAUCGGAACCCUCGUUCUUCGCCUUGAGCCCAACCCGACUUCGAACCAUAGACGCAGACGAUCUCUUUCUCUACGAGGGGGCAAGGGUGUCAUUCGCGCGUGGACUACCAACCUCAACUACCGUGGAAAGGGUGUUGGAAAGGAUCUCCUCCAAGAGGCUGUCCGUGUUACCAAGGAACGUUGUGGAAAAGAUGCUGAAGUUGGAUUCGCUCAAGAGCAUGCCAAUAGCGCCAUGCUCCUUCCCGGCAUCUUCAACGCUCCCUUCCGACGUGAUGAGGUCCGAGCUACCAGGGCUUUGGAUGGUAUCUUGUCCAACUGGGACCUGGUUAAGAAGAGGAGGUAAAUGAGUUGAGUUGCUCAACCAUCACUUCACGCAUACCAGGGAUGAGGAACACCUAUCGACGAAUCAGUUAUCAACAGAGCGCGAUGUGUGAGAUGACGAUGAUGAGAUGAGGAGGAAUGGAAGACGACAAGAGAAGAUUUAAAGACUGCUUUGAACGAAUACCCCAGAAGACGACGCAAUCGACGGAAAGAAGUUACAACCACUUACCAACUACAAAGAUACCACUAGAAGAGGGGACACGCUAGAGUGUAGACUCUGAGUUGGGGAAGACGAGAUGUUAUCGGAGGAAGCAUGUAAUGGUCGGAGGAGCGACUCUCUUUCUUUUUCUUCUUUUUUUCUUUCUUUUUUUUUUUUUUUUGAUAUCGUACCUACUACUCGUACAGUCACUUGAGAUACCCCAGAUCAUAUCAUAUUCCUUUCGUUUACAGAAGUUCAUAAUUUAUAGGUUAUGGCACACACAGCUCAUGAUCAAUAUCAAUCAAUCUUUCGAUUCUUCAAACAGAAUAUGCCUUUUGCUCAAAACAAUGCGCUGAAAUGACGCCUAACACCGCUCAUGUCAAAUGAAAGACACGUAAAAUCUGAUUCGCAGGAAUGAUUUGGUUUAGGC